AUGGGUCGUGUUAUUGGUCUCGACUUAAGCGAUGAAUCAAUCUCUGGCGGAAUCCACAACUCAAGUAGCCUUUUCAAUCUCAAGUCUCUUCAAAGUCUGAAUCUUGCUUAUAACAACUUAAGCUCUUGUCAAAUUUCAUCUGGGUUUGAGAAGCUAACUACGUUGGUGUCUCUGGAUUUGUCAGAUGCACAAUUGACAGGACAAUUUCCUAUUGGGAUUUCGCGUUUGACAAGGUUGGUCUCUCUGAAUUUCUCUUUGAACUACUUAAAAGUUGGCAACUCAAAUCUAAAAUUGCUUGAACUUGGCAACUCAAAUCUAAAAUUGCUCGUUCAGAAUCUCACGGAGCUCACAGAACUCCGUCUCGAUUUAGUAAAUAUAUCGUCCAAGGGAGAGGAAUGGUGCCAAGCCAUAUCUUCUUCACUCCCUAAACUGCGAGUCUUGAGCUUGUUUUCCUGUCAUCUCUCAGGUCCUCUUUGUUCUUCCCUUGAGAAUCUCCGAUCCCUUUCGGUGAUCAAUCUGAGUCAUAACAAUUUGUCCGCCCCAGUUCCAAAUUUCUUUGCAAACUUCACCAAUUUGGCAGAAUUACUUCUCUGGGAUUCUAAUUUGCAGGGAACAUUUCCGGAAAACAUCUUCCAUUUGCCAACUCUACAUAAACUUGACAUAUCAGGCAAUGAAUUACUUCGGGUUUCUUUUCCAGAAUAUUUCCACAAUGGAUCUCUCCAGACCUUGAUUCUUGACCACACAAAUUGUUCUGGGAUAUUACCAAAUUCUAUUGGUAAUCUUCGGAUGUUGUCCGCGAUAGUUGUUCGGAAUUGCAGCUUAAGUGGAGCAAUCCCAAGUUCAAUGGCAAACCUUACUCAACUUGUUUAUUUGGAUUUGUCAUACAAUAUGUUUAUUGGUCCAACCCCAUCAUUUUCGAAGAACCUCACCGACAUAGACUUAUCCCAUAAUCUUUUAACGGGUACAUUUCCUUCCACCCACUUUGAAGGCCUAUUGAAUCUUGUUCUGCUUGAUUUAAGUCAGAAUUCGCUCAUUGGAAGCAUUCCAUCAUCUCUAUUAGAACUCCCAUCGCUGAAAGAUAUAGAUCUUUCAUUUAACAAAUUUGAUGGUCAACUUGAUGAAUUUUCUAAUGCUUCCUCCUCUCUACUAGAGUUCAUUGAUCUGAGUAGUAACAAUUUACAAGGGUCGAUUCCCAUGUCUUUCUUUGAGCUCGGAAGGCUUACUUAUCUUGCGAUCAAUUCCAACAACUUUAGUGGCCCAAUACAACUGGAAAAGUCAUUUAGGCCUAACCUUCUUCUUUUCCUUGACCUUUCAGACAACCAAAUUGAAGGGAAAAUACCGAACUGGAUUUGGGAAGUUGGGAAUGGAAGUCUCUCUGACUUGAAUCUCUCUCACAAUCUCUUGGUUGAUUUGCAAGAACCAUAUGUUUUACACCCCAACCUUCAAUUCCUUGACCUACACUCUAACCUGCUCUGUGGGAAAAUCCCAAGAAUUGGAGAAUCAGCUGAAUACAUUGACUUCUCAAGUAAUAAUUUCAGCUCUUCUAUCCCUCCUACUAUUGGUAGUCUCCUCUCCUAUGCCUCUUUCUUCUCUCUUUCAAAUAAUAGCAUCAUUGGAAGCAUUCCUCCAUCAGUAUGCAAUAUGAGACACCUUCAAGUUCUGGAUUUGUCUAAUAAUCGUUUGAGUGGCACAGUACCAUCGUGUUUGAUCCAAAGGAGUACAAGUACUCUUGGAGUACUGAAUCUGCGAAAUAACAGACUUAGUGGAAAUGUUUCGAGUAUUUUUCCAAACAAUUGUAAUCUACAAACUCUGGAUCUCAGUGGUAAUCGUUUGGAAGGGCAGAUUCCAAAAUCAUUGUCAAAUUGUAGAAGGUUGGAGGUUUUAAACCUUGGCAAUAACAUGGUAAGUGACAGAUUUCCGUGCUUUUUGGAGAACAUAUCUAGCCUACAUGUUUUAGUUUUGCGCUCUAAUAGGUUCCAAGGUGACAUUAAUUGCCAAGGGGAAAAUAAUCAAAGCUGGUGGAAUCUUCAGAUCAUGGACCUAGCUUCAAACAACUUUGGCGGCACUCUAUCGUCAGGCUUCUUCUCAAAUUGGAAGGCAAUGAUGAUUGACAAUGAUAAUGCACAACCAAAGUUUAAUAAUCUGGGUUAUCUCUACUUUUCUGAAUAUACUGCUGGAUACUACUAUUCAGAUCGAGUGAAUGUCAUCUACAAAGGGAUAGAGGUGGAGCUGGUGAAAGUUUUAACUAUUUUUACCUCCAUUGAUUUUUCAAACAAUAGAUUUGACGGGAAAAUACCAGAUACUGUUGGGAAUCUCAAAUCGCUUGUUCUUCUCAACUUAUCGUACAAUGACCUCCAAGACUCAAUUCCAACAUCAUUAGGAAACUUGAAGAAGCUCGAAUCACUUGAUCUUUCGCGAAACAAGUUGACCGGGAUGAUCCCAACACAACUUGCAAGUCUUACAUUUCUUUCGGUUUUGAAUGUGUCAUACAAUCUUUUGGUUGGAAGAAUUCCGACAGGUUCUCAGUUUCAAACAUUCUCAGAAGCAUCAUUUCUAGGGAAUCCAGGACUAUGCGGCUUCGCUUUGAACACGAGUUGCAGUGAUACUGAAGUUGCACCAAAUUUCGAGGAUGGGCAUUCAACCUCGGAGUCGGAGGUCUACCUAAGUGCAGCAUUGGGAUUUAUUGUGGGCUUAGGAAUUAUCAUCUGGCCACUUGUGUUCUGUAGAAGAUGGAGACGAUGGUACUACAAACAUGUGGAUCGAGUGUUUCUAAGAAGAAUAAUACAGAGAAGAGUGUACAGAAAUUCAAUUCGACAGCUUUAG